UCUGCCAUUCAAUAUUACUUGUGGAUAGUUGGCAAGACAAUAGUUUAUUUAAAGAAAAUGUUAACCAAAAUGAUUGGUCCAUUCUAAAGCCAACCUCAAAGAGUUCAAGCUCAAGACUCAUUCAAGAGCCGAAGAGACAAAGCUUUUCCCCAGUUCAAUCAAGUAAACCUUGAACCUUAUAUUUCCCUUGUCCUGCAGAAAAUUCAGUGAUCCAACAGUCAGCUCACAGGAAGUCAUAAUUUCUGCUUACCUGCCUUCCUUUUGAAUUACUCUGGCUUCUUUCAUACCCCAGUUUAGAUCCCAUUCUGCAACAAGAAACGUUUCUCUGAAGUUUGGCUUGGUCUAGUCUUUCAUUCCUGUCCCCUGCUUCUUCUCGGCAGCUUCUUUCUAGUUCUUAAGAUACCUUAAAAGUCACAAUCAGUUUGGGUUGUGUGAAUUUGUCUUGUCAGCCUGUUCCCUUAGUUGUUGUACAAAUCCCAACUAGAGAGGUUUCAGAAGGGAUCUAUCCUGUCUCUUUUUUUUUUUUUUUCAAGAUUUUGGUGUUUGGCACAUAAAAAUUUAGCCUUUUCAAAGCUUGGGAGGAGGAGGAGAGCACAGACAUGAUGGGGAGGAACCCUGAAGAACAGGUCAUCUUGCAUUCAGGGUCCAAGGCCACAAAGGACAGCAAUCUGGAUACGAGAAAGUCCUUAUAUGCUUCAAUCCCCAAUUCAACAGUCCAAGAUGGCAGACCAAGCAGCAUGGUAUUCAAGAAAGCUCAUACAGUGAUUCCAGCUCACAUAGUGGCCGAAGCAAUAUCAACACUCCAUGGCCUAGACCUGAGAUGGUCAGGCCCAAUCACACCAACAGAAAUGCAGUAUGUUGAACAGUAUGUCCUAGCAAAGUACCCAGAGUACUCCAAUGCCCUUGUUGAAGGAGGAGAGAAGACUGACCUUUACAACCUCUGCAUCAAAGAAGAGCUUCCAGAGCCCUCACCAGAUGACAAGCGAAAGUCGCCUCGAUGCAGCCUCAGGGAAUCAUCGACACCCUCCUUCGGAAGCAACCUCCCGGAUCUAGAAAAAACCCAGUUGGAGCCAUCGAGGUUGCUUGAUAUUCUCACCAAAAAGUCCUCCUUUCCUGGGAGUUUCAUUUCAAUACCUGAAAUCCAGGCUAGGAACAAAGUCUUGAGACACUGUGGAUUGCCUGAUGAAGAGUACCUUAUUCUCUUUACUCCAAACUACAAAGAUGCCAUGAUGCUGGUGGGCGAGAGCUAUCCUUUCUAUAGGGGAAACUUCUACCUGACAAUAAUUGGGGAAGAAGCUGACUGUAUCAGGGAGUUUGCUAGUUAUAAAGAAGCAAAAGUCAUCCAAGCACCAGAAACUUGGUUGGACUUGAGGAUCAAGGGUUCGCAACUCAGCCAGUAUUUUAGAAGGAAAUGCAAGCACAACCCCAAAGGGCUGUUUUCUUACCCGGCUGACAUGAACAGUACACGAUACUCGAUGCAUUGGGUUUCAGAAGCCCACCGGAACUCAUGGCAUGUUCUGCUUGAUGCAACCGCCCUUCAUGUGGGAGAGGAUCGCUUGAACCUUGCACUUCACAGGCCUGACUUUGUGCUGUGCAGCCUUGACAACACACACGCUCAUCCUUCAAAGAUCAUCUGCCUCCUGGUCAGGAGAAAAUCCUUUGAUACAACGUUAUCCUCGGCUCACACACACGAGUAAGGGUUGCUUGUAGGAAAAUAUAUGAUCUGUUCAAAACAGCGAAGCAAAUUCUAUACACCUUUGGCAAUAUAAAGUUUGAAACUGGGACUCAAUGUCCUCAUAAACACCUUAUAUGGCUAACCUUUUUAAGAAUACUAAAAUCCCAGAAUCAACACUAUGGUGACCUGGAAUUUCCUAUGUGGAUCCUUUAGGAUUGAAGCUAGUUCUUUGUGAAUAUGAUGACACUUAGUACAGACACUAGCACUGAAAGUUUUGAUAAUCUACUGAUGGAAUCCAACCGAUAGGAAGGAUCUCCAAUGGAUGAAAUGGAUUGAAUUGUAUUUCAGAAUUGGAAUUACAGAAAAUAAAAGUAAGUACAGCAGCAACUGGGCGUUCGAGAGGCCCAGAACUCUCCUACAAUUACUCCAAAUUCUUCACACCCUCUACCUCUCUUCCUACCCCUUUUAUAUGCUGUUAUUCCCCUCUCUCUCCUGCAUAACCGUAUUUGGUUAUGCAGGCGUGUCUGCUGGUUUGUGUAACAAACCAGCCAAAUAUCUAUCCUAUCCCUCGCGCACAUGCUGGUCGAAGCUUCCUCCAGCUGUACUUUCAACUCCCUUUAGCUGCUUGUGACGCUUAGAGUAAGUAUGCAAAA